AUAAUAAUUUAUUUCGCACGCGCGAUUUACUAAUUUUUAAUAUUUACAAAUAUUUUUCUCUCUUCUCUGAAAUAGAAAAUAUAAAAUACACACUGAUAAAAAUCAAUUCUACAAUAUUAUGCAUUUAUAAUCUCUAGCAUAAUUAUUCUCUAGAUGAGGUACCUUUUGAACUGAAAAGAUCUACGUUAUCGAUAUAGAGUUCUUUAUGGAAAUAGAUCAAAAAUUCCAAAAAAUGAGUAUGAAUAUAGAUGGCACUUUGUAUACAGAGUAAUUAGAUCCGAAUCUGUCUAUUCUUAUUAUGUCUGUGGUUUAACCAAAAAUUGGCCUAUUGUCACAUAGCCCUAAAUUAGUUAAGAAAAAAUUCAUUGCUAUUUAGUAUUCGAUAUUUAAUAGCAGGUAAUAGCAAAUACCUGUUGCGUUAAGAGCGUCUGAGUAUGUCAUAUAGCGAGGAGCAUAUUAAAAACAAAGUGACUGAGGGAUUGAAAGCUUCACAUGUGGAACCGUUCUCGAAAUUCUUGCCAAUUAGUUUUGCGAUUCGAGGAUAAAUUUCGGAGCGAUAAACUUACUUUGGGGCCUCGCACAAGGGAGAAUGCAGGGAAAACUGCAGCUCGCCUUGAUCUCCUGCUUUGCCGUUCUUUUGAGAUGCUGCGUCACUCAUCAUUCGCACAGCGGAGAGGGCAAGCCUCCUAUGUACGGAGAUUAUGAAGCGCAGCGACACUGGCAAGAAAUCACAUUGAAUCUACCCUUUGAUAAGUGGUAUAUCAAUACCACAGAUAAUGAUCUACAAUAUUGGGGUUUAGAUUAUCCACCUUUAACGGCAUAUCACAGUCUUUUAUUAGGUCACAUUGCGAAUAGAAUAGAUCCGUCUUUUGUAAAACUGCAGGAAUCCAGAGGACUUGAAACUGUAGAGCAUAAACACUUCAUGAGACUGACCGUUCUAAUUGCAGACAUUUUAAUUUAUAUACCAGCAAUUAUAUAUUUUGUAAUCAAUUUGCGUUUAUCGGACAGUUGUCAAUUUAAUGAGUCCAAUAUAUUCAAGUUUAAAAAAAGAGACGCCGUCCUCUUGACAGCGCUGAUUUAUCCAGGGUUGAUAUUAAUAGAUCAUGGACAUUUUCAAUACAAUUGCGUGUCGCUGGGUUUCUUCAUCGCCGCUGCAGCUGCUAUAAUGCAAGAUUCGGCCAUCCUUAGCUCCAUUCUGUUUGUUUUAGCGUUGAACUAUAAACAAAUGGAGUUGUAUCACGCUUUACCGUUUUUCUUUUAUAUACUUGGGAAUCAUAUAUCCAAUAAGACAAAAUCUUGGCUUUUUUGUAUUCGCAUGUUAACAUGCAUCUCUUUUGUGGUACUAUUAACGUUUUACGUUAUUUGGAUACCAUUUUUCAAGAGUAGAGAUUUAUUUUUCAGUACGGUGCUUAGAUUAUUCCCGUUUUCCAGGGGUGUAUUUGAAGAUAAAGUUGCCAACAUGUGGUGCACAAUCAAUGUUUUUUGUAAAUUACGACAGAUUUUUACGAACGCGCAAUUAGCCAAGAUUUGUUUAACGGUAACAACAUGUGCAAUUCUACCGAGUUGCAUCAAUUUAUAUUUUUUACCUACGAAAGAUACAUUUAUACUUUCUCUAAUAAAUUCUGCCAUAGCGUUCUUCCUUUUCUCAUUUCAAGUUCACGAAAAGUCCAUUCUUUUAGUUGCCGUACCGGUUUUAUUGCAUUUUCAUAAUGAUCCUCUUCCUUGUUUUUGGUUCUUGAUUAUUUCACAUUUUAGUAUGCUACCAUUAUUUAUAAAAGAUGAGCUAUACCUUGCUUAUCUUGCCACAAUAGUUUUUUAUUUUUGUUUUGUUUCUUGGAUAUGGUCUGACGUAUUUCACAACAACAAAACAAAGAGUUCGUUAAAUAAGAGUACAUCAAGAUCAAAGAAUAGAAUACAACAAUAUAAGAAAAAUAAAUUUUUUUCAAAUUUGCCAAGCUAUAAUAAAAAAUCAUGGCUCUUUAUUGCAUUCUAUGGAUCUAUUUUAGGUGUGUUACUUCUCUCUAUUGUCAGCAAAUUUGUAAAACCCCCUGAAAAAUAUCCUGAUUUAUUUUCUCUCUUGGUAUCAAUUUAUUCAUGUGGACAUUUCCUAGUUUUUUUUGUAUAUUUCAAUUAUGUCCAACUAUUUGUCCUAAGGAAAGAGAUUCUGGUGAGUAAAGUUAAGUCACAUUGAUGCAGUUAUUGAAAAAAAAAAUGUGUAUAAAUUAUUAUAAAUAAUAAAUAAAAAAAUAUAUAUAUAUAUUACCGCAUCUUGUUAUACUACCAGAAACAUAUUAUUUUUAGUUCGCUACAUAUAUUUCAAUACUCCAAACAAGAUAAGGAUCUACCUUUGAACCUUGCUUUAAAACCUCUUUUAAUUUGCGUUUAAAAUCAGUAUGAUAUUUCCAUAGUAAGUUUUAGUAAUAUGAAAGAACUACUUUAGAUCAGUUAUAUGCCUC